AUGUUUAAAAGCAUCUGCGAAGUAUCCACAUAUUUUAUUAAUUAUCGAAUUUGUAUGAUAUUUAUCUAAUACAUAUCUUCGAGUAUUUGACAAGUAGAAUAUCUGUAUAUCGACCUUAAUGUAUCUGUACUUUAUAGCUGGGCAGAUGUCUAACUAGUCAAAAACUUUUGGUUAAAUGUUCUUUUGACUUUGCGUAUAAAAUGCUUGAAGUUUGUAGAGUUUUCUCAUACAGACAUCAUUUUAUCCUAAUUUGCACCAGGGGGUGACAUUGUUAACAUUGGCGACAACCAUUCCUGGAAUGAGACCCCCUCCAUGCGGUGACUCAAGAAGGCAGCAAUGCAUUGAGGCCAAUGGCCAUCAACUAGCUAUGCUCUACGUUGCUCUCUACACUAUAGCACUCGGUGGUGGUGGAAUAAAAUCUAAUGUCUCCGGUUUUGGGUCCGAUCAGUUCGACAUAUCAAACCCUAAGGAGGAGAAGGCAAUGAUCUACUUCUUCAGCAGGUUCUAUUUCUGCAUCAGCCUUGGGUCUUUAUUCGCUGUAACAGUGCUGGUGUACAUACAAGAUAAUGUGGGAAGAUCUUGGGGAUAUGGGAUAUCAGCAGGAACUAUGGUAAUAGCAGUUGCUGUAUUGAUCUGUGGGACGCCAUUGUAUCGAUUCAAGAAGCCCCAAGGUAGCCCCUUAACUGUUAUAUGGAGGGUUUUGUUUUUGGCUUGGAAGAAGAGAAGUCUUCUGUAUCCUUCUCAUCCCGAAUUACUGAAUGAGUACCACAGAGCAAAAGUUCCACAUACUCAGAGGUUCAGGUGUCUUGACAAGGCUGCAAUCGUAGACGACCGUGCGGUGGCCGAUGAAAAUAGACACAACUCUUGGAUAGUUUCAACAGUGACCCAAGUUGAAGAAGUCAAAAUGGUGCUAAAGCUCAUCCCGAUAUGGUCCACCUGUAUCCUCUUUUGGACAAUAUACUCUCAAAUGAUGACCUUCACCAUUGAGCAGGCCACGUUCAUGAACCGAAACAUCGGCUCCUUCGUUAUCCCUGCAGGCUCUUUCUCUUUCUUUCUCUUCAUCACCAUUCUCCUCUUUACUUCCCUAAAUGAAAGGGCCAUUGUUCCCCUUGCUCGAAAAAUCACCCAUACCACCCAAGGGAUCACAAGCCUUCAGCGGAUUGGAACCGGACUAAUAUUCUCAGUGGCUGGUAUGGUAGCCGCAGCAAUUGUUGAGAUGCGAAGGAGGAAAAUAGCCAACCAGCGGAAUAUCAGAAUUAGCGCUUUUUGGCUAGUCCCUCAGUUCUUCCUCGUUGGUGCUGGGGAAGCUUUUGCUUAUGUCGGACAGCUCGAGUUUUUCAUCAGAGAGGCACCAGUGCAGAUGAAAUCAAUGAGCACAGGACUAUUCUUAAGCACUCUCUCAAUGGGCUACUUUGCAAGUAGUUUGUUAGUAUCUCUGGUAGAUAAGGCAACAAAGGGAAACUGGCUAGGGAGUAAUUUAAAUGAGGGUAUGUUGGAGAACUUUUAUUGGAUGCUUGCUGUGCUAGGAGUGAUAAAUUUCUUUUGUUUUCUUGCCUUUGCUAUGAGACACCAGUACAAGGUGCAGCAGUACAUAAACGAUGGUCAGGAGACAGAGCUCAAGAAUGGAAAGGCCGAAACAACUUAUGACAUGGAGAAGAAAGUCAGUGCCGAGGCCGAGGGGGAACCUUAGUAUGUGUGCUUUGAGAUGUUUGUUGGUAUUAUUUUAAUGCUCAGUGCAUUUACAUUCAAUCCUCUUUAGUUUUACUGCCCCUUUAAAGAGAGUCAAAGCAUACAUGCUCAUCAAAACAUACAUGCUCAUCAAAAGGUAAAAAUAUUCCUAUCAUUUGCAAUUUAUCAGAAUUCACCAUAGAUUUCCAUGAUGAUUGAUUUAGGAUUCAACUAUCCCUGAAAAUUAAUAAACUCUUCCUAUAGGGCAAUGUGACUGGUGCACUUAUGCAUGAAUUCACAAAUUAUCUAAAACUAACAUUAGCAAAAAUGGUAGGAUAA